CGGGCAUUUUGAAGUGAGCGAGGAAAAAUGGCGGCCAUCGUGAUGAAGUUGAACGGGACUAUUUCCACAACAGUAAUGAAUUUACCGUACAGUCUGCCAAACAAAAUAAGAUUAUCUACGUUAUUAGUAUUCAUACUCGCCUUUAUGAGCUAUAUCUCAGGCGAAAACACAUAUGAAGAUAAUGCUUACGAAUUUCUCAAGCGAGAGUAUUCGCUGAGUAAGCCUUACCAAGGACUAGGAUCCUCCAGCUCCUCACACUGGGAGUUCAUGGGAAACACCAUGAUCAUGCCCGAACACAUACGGCUGACACCAGACUUGCAGAGCAGACAAGGAGCUGUAUGGAGUCGUAUUCCCUGUUACCUCAGGGACUGGGAACUCCGGUUACAAUUUAAGAUCCAUGGUGAGGGCAAGAAGAACCUGAAUGGGGAUGGCCUUGCGAUAUGGCUUACCAAAGAGCGAAUGCAAAAUGGUGAAGUGUUUGGGAACACAAACUUUUUUACAGGUCUGGGUGUUUUUGUUGACACUUAUCCAAAUGAUGACAAGCAGCAUGAGAGAACGUUUCCUUUUAUCUCUGCGAUGGUCGGGAAUGGGAGUGUUGCAUAUGAUCAUGACCGUGAUGGACGGCCUACUGAUCUUGGUGGCUGCGCUGCUCACGUUCGCAAUGUUGAAUAUGACACAUUCCUCCUGAUCAGAUACAUGAAGAACAGACUCACAGUGAUGACAGAUAUCGAGGGGAAGCAAGAGUGGAAGGACUGUCUGGAUAUCCCUGGAGUGAGGCUCCCACAAGGUUACUACUUCGGCGCUUCAUCGGCCACUGGAGAUUUAUCAGAUAACCAUGACGUGAUCUCCUUCAAGCUGUAUGAGCUCACAGUGGAACGGAGUCCUGAAGAGGAAGAGGACCAGCAGGAGAUCAUGGUGCCUAGUGUAGACUACCGAGUGGACCCUAAUGUUCUUGUGGAGGAUGAAGGAAGGAGCAUCAUCACCACCUUCUUUCUCUUCAUUGUUUCAGUCGUUGUGCUGGUUGUAGUGGUUGUGGUUAUUCUCUUUUUAUAUAAUCACUAUAAAGAGAACCGCCGCAAACGGUUCUACUGAACAAAUUAUAGAGCAAGUGACAGGAAGGAAAUGGGACAAGAGAUCUAACAUGAAUGUGACUGGCAUUUUUGCAAUGAGCCACUUCUGGUCCUCACCUCCGCCCCAAACAGGAAGGGCCUGAAGGCCAACUCUGAACUAAAAAGCCAUACCCGACCUCUCCGAGUGAAAAGCAACCACCUCAAUCAUGAUUAUGAUUUCAAAAAAACUAUUCAAGGGUAUUUGAAUGGGUGUGCAUCUGUUUUUGAAGGUCUCUUCAGAUUUUUGUGUGCGUUUGCUGUAUUUUUAUACCAGUUACACUGACCUUGGCCUUGACCUUUCAAUCCAGAGGCAGCACUGAGAACUAUGUGUGACCGCAUGUACAGAGACACAAUAGUUUUACAAACUAUUGUAUUCUCAGGUUGUCCACUGUAAUCCCAAAAGCCCUUGUUUUUUUCAAUUGGACUGAAAUGAAUUAAAAGAAAAUAUGAACAUCACCCUGACCUUGACCUCCAUCAGUCACGAUCAUCUCAUCAGCUGUCAGCAGUCACUUUUUAACUUAUGUCAAACUGAUUAAACUUGAUUUUCAUAAGUAAUGCUGCCCAACUGUACUGUCUGUUUUAAACACGCAGUAGCAACCAUCAAUGUGAACGUGGAGAAUGUUUUCCCCAAAUGUCUGUUUUGUAAUAUUCCAUAUGAUGUCUUUUGUUAUAUGUGAUCCUGUUUUAUGUAUCAAAAGCUGCACUGAACUGCUCAACCAGACGUAGCUUAUCUGGAGUUACUUUAGUUUGUCGUGAUUUAACCACUUUAUCUAAUAGUUCCUGUUAAACCUUUUAUAUUUCAUGUUUUCAUGGCCUUAUUUGCAUACUUUGUUUAAUCAUUUUAAUGAUGGUGACUAUUUCUGUAUCUUAAAAUCUUCCGGAAAGAGGCAGAAAUGAAAAGCUGGUUCAGCAGUUUGACAGUUCCUGAUUUUUCCAGUAAUUGCACUAUUGCAAAGAUAUGCAAGGGGUUUUGCUUUUGUUUGUCUAUGUUCCAGUCUUUCCUAUCACUUCUAGUCACUGUUCUUUACAGUUGUGCAGCUGUCCAUUGUUUUAUACUGGGAGAGAUUACAUUGCUGCUCUCAUCAGCUCAGUGAUUGAGCAAACUGCUGUAACAAACUGAUAUUUUCAUGUUUGUCACCAACAUGCUGAAUAUCAAGAAGUCUAAAUUAAACAUUUAAAGUUCAUCUUA